CUCGCAGAAUUCUAUCAGAACGCUGUCGCUCUUUGUUUGCAGUAGGUGUAUAUCCUGUUUCGCAUAGCGUUGGGUUUGACUUCAGCUUACAACAUGCCAAAGUACGGAUACAUUAGUGGAUUUUCUGACGCGAUGGAUUGGCGUCCUAUCGAAUUUGUUGACCUCCCUUCGGUCCAGUCGUGUUCUCUAUGUCACGUGGUCCCCACAGAGACGUUCUUCCUGGAAUGUUCCCACGCUUUGUGCAGCCAGUGUUACAAGUCACUCCUGCAGGGCAAUCGACUCUGUCCCCUGGAUGGGGGGACAAUUGAAGAAGAUGAGGUGCAAGCACUUACCUUCAAACCAAGCCACCUCAAGAAACAGAAGAUGCACUGUUGCAAUUUGCGUCACGGAUGCGACUUUGUUGGGAUUCUAGACGAAGUGAAGGCCCAUUUCUUGAAGGAUUGUACUUUCCACGUUGCAACGUGUAACAGGUGCGAUGCUGCCAUCUUACGUAAUGACUUCGUCCAUCAUUACACUGAACAGCGAUGUCAGGCUGGGAGAUUGUCAACGGGCAACGAGAGCCAAGUCAGCACCAACGCAAAUAUUUUCGACAUUGAAAGGAAGAUGGACGUUGCAUUGGAUACUGUCAUGGAGAGAUUGUGUGCGAUUGAAACACAGCUCAACGUUCACGUUGUUAGUAUCGACGGUGCAAAGCAAGGCAUAUCUGCCAAUGGGCAAGCAUUAAGUAGACUUAUUGAUCAGCUGGAACGAACGUCCGGUGACACGAUGCAUCAGGUCGCGGAACUCACGAAGUGCGUAGACACCGGGGAAAACGAAGAAGGUAGAUGUCGUUCUCGAGUUUUGCGGGGCUCACCUGGUCAAAGUGCAUCCGAGGUUAAAGACGCUGCGAAUGAUGUGAAGAGGAUCAUGAAUGUUGUGCUUGAAAGUUGCAAGAAGCUCCGUUCUACUCAAGAAAUGUUACGUGAGCUGCAAUCAGUUACCCGUUUGAUCAACAAUGUUGCCUAUUUUCACAUUCAGGACUUUGCCAACAUUGAAAAGGAAUCGUUGGCUGAGAAGCGAGUAAGGCGGAUCUCUGAUGUGUUCCACUUGUUUGGCUACUCUGCUAAACUACAAAUAGGUAUCCGAACUUAUGAUGGGGUAUUAUACCUCGGUGCUUUCCUGAGAAUUUGUCAAAGCUCGAAGGACUCGUGCUUGAAAUGGCCGUUUACACUGCCUUAUGCCGUCUUGUUGGUCCAUCCAACUGAUGAGACAAAGAAUAUUGAGGAGCACGUUGACGUCUUAAAACUCAUAGAUAGGUACAGCGGUUCCUUCCGUAAGCCAGUACGAGCUGCCAACAAGGGCAUUGGCACAUGUCAACUUUGCAAACUGCAAGAUGCAGUGAACAAAGGCUUUGUACAUAAUGACUCAAUCACUGUUGGUGUAAGAAUUCUGUGACUUCGAAUUAGUUGGGACUUUCUUGUUUUCAACGAUGUUCCGCCGCGACACAUUCUGUUACAGUGCAGGUUACUCUGAAAAUUUACGGGGUAAAUUGAUAUACUCUUAAAUAUCCGAAAUGACAUAGUUGGUGUCGAAGUUCCCUGCUGGUUCGAUCUUCAAAGGACCCUGCUGGUUCAACAAUGUACAGAAGCUUGGGAGCUAGACCUCGGAAAGCCACUCCGAUUGGUAGAAUUCUUCAAGAAGAAUUUCACAACAAUACUUGAGAGUUUAACCUUGUUCGCAGUUGUAUUAAAGAUCAGGCACAUCUUA